AUGGACCGGCUGAAGCCAAAGCGAGCUGUACGCCGAACGCAGACUACUAAGGUCAUCAACGAGGCGACAGCAGCACUGGCCGACCCGACUACUACACCGCAAACGUACGCAUCACUGCUGGAAAGGCUGUUGCACAACAGCAAGGAGCUAAGUAUCUUGGAUAGAGAAAUAGAACCGCUGAUUACCGAUCAGCACAUGGAUCAGGAGUAUGCGACAGUGCUCGAAUACGAAGAUCAAGUCCUCAAGAUGACGAGCCUGUUGAAGGCGAAGGCAACGGAACCCGUUCUGAACAUUGGGGCAGCCACCACGACAUCAACGAACCCGAUAUCAAACAGUGGAAGGCCAAGUGCGGUUCGACUGCCAAGGUUGCAGCUGCAGACCUUUAACGGAGAUCUUGCGAAGUGGACACCAUUUUGGGAGCAGUUUCGACAGUCUAUUCACGAAAAUGAAGAUCUCUCACGAAGGGAGAAAUUCCAAUAUCUGCGCUCUUUGCUGUCCGGACUACCUGCCGCGGCGAUAGCGGGUCUUCAAGCGACGGAGAUGUGCUACCAGGACGCGAUUGACAUUUUGACUCGUCGUUUCGGAGAUCAGAAGAGAAUUGAACAAGAGCAUCUUGGAAAGCUGAGAACACCUCCUGUGGUGACGUCGUCAGACGACAUCCGGGGUCUCCGCCGGUUGUUCGACCACGUGCAGACACACAGACGAGGACUACAGGCCCUCGGAAUUUCCCCGUCAACGUACGCCGCGUUACUCGUGGACAUCAUCCUGAAGGCGUUACCUGGUGAUAUCACCGUCGAGUACUAUCGUCGAUCGGCUCGUGGAUCCAUAGUUUCUGCACAACCGAACACGUCAGGCGGCCACCAGGGCUCCCAACGGAACGGCGAAAGCACCAGAAUGACGGGGUCAUCCGGAUCCGAGCUCGACAGCAUUCUCGAUUUUCUACAAAUAGAAGUGGAGAGCAGAGAGAAAGCUGGUAACAGCAAUGCUAGCAAAAAUGAUUCUGGUCGAGAUCAACAAGCGAAGGGAAACCGACUCAAGAAACCCCGACCAGCAUCCGCAGUUUUGCAUGCAUCGGCGAAGGUGGCACGGUGCAACUUCUGCGAUUCCGAGCAGCACACGAUGGAGAACUGCACCGCCCCCAUAGAUUUGGAUCGAAAAAAGAGGAUACUCUCCGCAGAAAGUCGCUGUUUUAGGUGUACAGUGAAAGGACACCGCGCCAAAGAUUGCAGGAGGAGGGUUGUAUGCUCGUCGUGCAAAGGCAAACACGUGACUUCACUCUGCGACCCCAACUGGAACUCCGUCUCGGGGACGAAGGUUAAAACGGUCGAAACAACAAGCAUGCACGCCGCAAGCACAGGAGGAGCAAACGAUGGCGACGUCGUGCUAUUACAGACAUUUCGAGCGUGGAUUCUCGCCGGAAAACAGUCGGCCUAUGUUAGAGGGAUCUUUGAUGGCGGCAGCCAGAAGACUUUCGUCCGUCAAGAUGUAUCCAGGCGGUUGAACCUGGAGAAACUAGGCGACAUAGUGGUGAGGCUGAACACCUUUGGCGACGCUACGACGGGAGGAGUCGUUCACCGACAGAAACUGGUGCAAGUAAAGCUCCGCAGCCAGUAUGAUCAGAAGGAGCACCUGCUGGAGGCCGUGGAGAUACCGUUCAUCUCCAAGGACAUCGUGUCACUAUGCCCAGACGACGCUCUCGUAGAAGCAGUCAGAGCUGAAGGAGGACACAUUGCCGACGAGAUGUUUUUUCCAGGAGUAGAAGCAGAACCUGGAAUCGGGCUUCUGAUAGGCGCAGAUCAAAUGUGGAAGCUGGUGAAGACAAACGUCCGUCGCUGUGCCGGUAAAACGAACACAGUCGCCGUCGACACACACUUGGGUUGGACGUUCCAAGGACCAGCCGUACUCAAGUCAUCGUUGACUGAGGAGACUAAAGCGCUUACCUGCGUUUUGCACGUUGAAGCCGCAACGGAGGAAAGUACCUUCGAUCUGAGGAAAUUUUGGGAGCUAGAGAGCCUAGGAAUUACCGACAACGCCGAUGACGGUCGCCACGAGGAAAAUACAGUCAUGAAGCAGUUUGAGAGCACAGUCACGCGGGAGGAUGGUCGGUACAAAGUAGGGUUGCCAUGGAAGCACACCAGUAGUCCACUAGAAGACAACAGAGAAGUCGCAGAGCACCGGUUACGUACUUUGGUCAAACGACUGCGGCGAAACUACAGCCACUUAUUAGACUACGAUGGAGCAAUGCGCAAAUACCUGGAGCAAGGACACGCGGAGGUCGUUACUGAUUCGGAGCCAACGUCGUCAGAGCAUGUAUAUUACAUGCCACACCAGGCGGUGAUUCGGGAAAGCUCCACAACCACCAAACUCAGGGUCGUUUUCGACGCUUCCGCUCACGCUCCAAACUCAGCUCCAUUAAACGCGUACCUGGAAAAAGGGCCCAAGCUGAACACAGAACUCAUACCGCUAUUACUGCGCUUUCGCACCGAACGUAUCGCGCUCGUGGCUGACAUCGCCCAAGCAUUUCUGCAGGUAGUGGUUGGAGAGGAAGAUCGAGACGCACUGCGUUUCUUGUGGUACAAAGAAACACCGACGGAGGAGGGUCCUUUACCAGCCCCCGAAGUUUGGAGAAUGACUAGAGUACCGUUUGGGACGACCUCGAGUCCGUUCCUCUUGGCAGCAACACUGAACGGCGUAGAGGAACGGUUGAAAGCAACAGCUUCCAAGCUCGCCGCAUCCUUCUACGUGGAUGACCUGUUAACAGGGGCUUCCUGCGAGGAGGAUGCCCAACGGAUUUACAAAGAAGCCAACGCGAUCAUGAGAUCGGCGGGAAUGCUCCUGAGGAAGUGGGCAUCAAAUUCUAAGCGUCUUAACCAGCUUUUUGAAGAACAAGAAGAGGUUGGUCCCGGAGAUCACGACACAGGAUUACUGGGAUUACGAUGGGAUCGGCAGACAGACAGUCUGAAGCUUGCACAACACAACAGGAGUACCGGUUCGGAAAGCACUACGAAACGAACGAUACUGCAAGUCUCUGCAUCGGUAUUCGACCCACUAGGUUUCGUGUCACCAUUCACGAUAUGUUCAAAGAUUCUAUUCCAACGGAUCUGGCAAGCCGGCGUUGGCUGGGACGAAGACCUACCCGUGGAGAUGGUUGGAGAGUGGACACGAUGGGUCGAGGGCCUACCGUACAUGCAACGCAUCGAGAUACCGCGUUUUGUGAGCCAAGGAAUAGGAGACAUCGCGGGAGUACAAGUACACGUUUUCACGGACGCAAGUCCCUUGGCAUACGGAGCAGUUGCAUACUUGAGAACAGAAGACACGACUGGGGACGUCUCAGUAACGCUCAUGAUCUCGAAGGCGCGCGUCGCACCCUUGAAAACUUUAACAUUACCGCGACUGGUUUCUGGGAGCGGCUUGUCCGAGUGGUGA